UGUUCUGAUUCUGAAUCCCUUUAAAGCCCCCCCAACUAUUCCAAUCCCACUCCAAAUUAACAAAUCUCAAUACCAUUAAAUUUCUACACCCAUGGCUUCUUCUUCAUCAUCAUCAGUCUUUCUCUUGUCUCUUGUCAUUCUGUUCUGUGCUUCUAUUCAAUCAUCAUCAGCUCAAAUUACUGUCUUAUCAUCACUAUCAGGUAUUAAGGAAUUGGAAUUUGCUAGUCAUUCUGCAGAUGCUAAUAAAGUUACUUUGGCACUUCACUAUGAAACUUUGUGUCCAUACUGUUCAAAUUUCAUGGUGAAUUACUUACCACAAAUCUUCAACAAUGGACUCAUUGAUAUCAUCGAUCUUCAACUCAUUCCUUAUGGUAAUGCCAAAAUUACUUCUGACAAAGUCAUCACCUGCCAGCAUGGACCAACUGAGUGUGAAUUGAACACAGUGGAAGCAUGUGCACUACAAGUCUGGCCUGCUCAGGAUAAGCAUUUCAAUUUCAUCAAUUGUGUGGAGACGUUUGUUUACAACGGCCAGCAAUCUCAAUGGAAAUCUUGUUACUCGAAAUUGGGCUACAAAGAGGAACCUAUUAAUGAAUGCUACAAUAGUGGAUUGGGACAACAUCUUGAGUUAGGAUAUGCAAAGGCAACAGGUGCUCUUAACCCCCCUCAUAAAUAUGUUCCGUGGGUGACAGUAAAUGAUGAACCACUUUAUGAUGACUAUCGCAACUUCCAAACAUACGUCUGCAAUGCCUAUCAGGGCACCAAGCCCGCUGCUUGUCAAGCACAGCAAAUGGAGAUCACCUCUAAAACAAAAUCUGACCAAAUGCUUGAAGUUACCUUCAUGGACAAAACAAUUCCAACAACCAAUAUUAGGUCUCCAAUGACUAAAGCAAGGCGCCAAAUGAAGUUCUGAGUAAAACAUCCAAAUGGUCCCAACAUUACGUAUAAUGACAGCUACGUAUAAGAUAAUCAAUACUUCAUGGAAUCAUGCCAGUCUUCCUGUUAUGUUUACUAGUAUUUGGAGCUCUAGAUAUCAUCUUGUACUGUACAUAGUGGCAUCUUAUUCUAAAUAAUCGCAGUGUUAAAGAAAUGUUGGUACUCUAAUACAAGUGGCUUUUGCUUUAA